CCUAACCAAUUAAGAGAGGGGAGAGAGAUCGCCGACUACGGUUCACCUCUCCUCUCCUCUUUCCAUCGAUCCCUCCUGACCCUCUUUUCUUCUCCCUUUUGUUUUCUGUGCCCGCUGUUCGAAAUCAAGCAGGCCGCGAUCGAUUCCUUGGUCCUCCUCCGCUUGGCGAUCGAAGAUGCACGCCGGACCAUCCGGAUUCCACAAUGCGCCGGUCACGCGGACCCUGGUCAUCACCAGCGCCAUCCUCACCGUCGCUGCUGGGCUGCACGGCCGAUCUCAACGCCUCGGGUUGUCGUAUCAGGAUGCUAUUGAGAACCGUAAUAUUUGGAAGUUUAUUCCAUCAGUUUUUGCCUUCUCAUCAUCUCCAGAAUUAAUAAUUGGACUGUAUUUGCUAUAUUACUUCAGAGUAUUUGAGAGACAGAUAGGAUCUAAUAAGUACUCAGUAUUUGUUCUGUUCUCUUUGAUAGUAUCAACAGCUUUUGAAGUCCUGGCUUUGGCACUUUUGAAAGAUUCUCGCACAAGUGCAGCUGGACCUUAUGGUCUUAUAUUUGCCUCCUUCAUACCCUUCUAUUUUGAUAUUCCUGUUACGUCACGGUUCCAUAUGUUUGGCAUGAACUUUAGUGAUAAGUCAGCCAUAUACUUUGCAGGCUUUCAGCUUCUUUUAUGUGCCUGGAAAAGUUCAUUCAUGCCUGGCAUAUGUGGCGCUCUUGCUGGUUUUCUUUUUCGUAUUAAUGCUUUUGGCAUCCGCAAGCUAAAGUUCCCCAAAAAAAUAACCUCAGUGAUUUCAAGGUUAUUCUUCUCUUCAGCAAGUUCAUCACACGCAUCAAGACCAAAUAUCAGAGGAAAUGCACAUGUGCCUUAUGCUGGCCGUCAGCGGAACUAUCCUUCAGUGGGACAUAUUCCGAUGCCAGAGCCACCAGAGUCUUCCAUUGCUAUGUUGGUAUCGAUGGGCUUCAACAGCAGUGCUGCCAGGCAGGCACUCAUGCAGGCUAGAAACGACAUACAUGUAGCCACCAACAUCCUCCUUGAAGCACAGACUCGGUAAAUGAUGUAUGGAGUCACACGUUUGAGUUUGUAGCACCCAGCAAAACACAACGAUACAAGGAGAAAAGGAACCUGCAGAGUGACCAUUAAUUCCAGUGUGAGAAUUCAAUUAGGUUCUCUUACUGCAUUUCCUUUUUCUUUAGCAGUUCCAAGAAAUCAUUCAUCAGAACUUUACAAUGUUGUACAUCGAUCUGCAUUGUAUAAGGCUGCAUCCCAUUGUCUAAUAUGGAUGCUACGGAAUCACUAUCGAUGACCUCACCAUGAUGUAAAUUUAUAUACCUGAACACUUCUGACAUUAUGUUGAACUCAUUAUUUGCUGAUCUAGGAACAAAACUUCGGUCCAAA